CCACAAAGUGCCCGUGCGUGGCCGCGUAGCCGCCACGGAGAAAUUUCGUUUUGCAUGAUUGGUAUCUACGCGUAUACGUACUUAUUUGGUAUACAGUAUAAAAAUAGAAGUUGUGGUAGGUAGGGAUGCACCACAAACUUAUAAAACCCCACCCGUACAUCAGUCCAACCAAACCACCACCCCCGUGUCAAAUCAGAUCAUCGCACCCCCGGAGAAUCUGUCCCUCCCGAGAAAGAGACACGCAGCGCAGCGCAGGGGCGGGCGAAACAAUGGAGGCGAACGGCAUCAGCGGCGGCACCGCCGAGGCCGCGGCUCGCCGCCCUCCGCACGUCGCGAUGCUGGUGACGCCCGGGAUGGGCCACCUGAUCCCGCUCGCCGAGCUGGCCAAGCGCCUGGCCGCGCGGCACGGCGUCACGGCCACGCUCAUCACCUUCGCCUCCACGGCCUCCGCCACGCAGCGGGCCUUCCUCGCCUCCCUCCCGCCGGGCAUCUCCUCCCUCUCCCUCCCGCCCGUCGACCUCUCCGACCUGCCGCCCGACGCCUCCAUCGAGAUGCUCAUGUCCGAGGAGUGCGUGCGGCUGGUGCCGGCGCUCACGGAGGCUCUCUCGCGGCUCAUGGAGACCACGCGGCUGGUCGCCUACUUCGCCGACCUCUUCGGGGCCGACUCCUUCGACGCCGCCGUGGCCGCCGGCGUGCCCAGGAGGUACCUCUUCUUCCCGGGGAACCUCCAGGGGCUCACGCUCAUCCUCCACCUCCCGGAGCUCGACGUCUCCAUGCCCGGCGAGUUCCGGGACCUGGCCGAGCCCGUCAGGCUCCCCGGCUGCGUGCCCAUCCCGGGGGCGGACAUCCUCUCGCCGCUGCAGGACAAGUCCAGCCCGAGCUACCGGUGGAUGGUGCACCACGGCGCGCGCUACCGCGAGGCCGACGCCAUCCUGGUCAACUCCUUCGACGUCUUGGAGCCGGACGCCGCCAAGGUGCUCGGCCGCCCGGAGCCCGGCCGCCCGCCGGUGUACAGCAUCGGUCCGAUCAUACGGACCGACGCCGCGCCCGUCGCCACCGACGCGCCGCGCGCCGCGUGCCUGGACUGGCUCGACCGGCAGCCGCCGAAAUCAGUGAUCUUCGUCUCGUUCGGCUCCGGGGGAUCGCUGCCAACGGAGCAGAUGCACGAGCUGGCGCUGGGGCUGGAGCUCAGCGGGCAGCGGUUCCUGUGGGUGGUGCGGAGCCCGAGCGACGAGGGGGCCGUCAACGCCAACUACUACGACGCGGAGAGCAAGAAGGACCCCCUGGCCUACCUCCCGGCGGGGUUCGUGGAGAGGACCAAGGGCGUCGGCCUCCUCGUGCCGUCGUGGGCGCCGCAGACGGAGGUGCUGGCCCACGACGCCACGGGGUGCUUCCUGGUGCACUGCGGGUGGAACUCGGUCCUCGAGAGCCUGGUGCACGGCGUGCCCAUGGUCGCGUGGCCGCUCUUCGCCGAGCAGCGGCAGAACGCCGUGAUGCUCUCGCAGGGCGUCGGGGCCGCCGUGCGGGUGCCGGCGACCAAGAAAAAGGAGGAGAUCGCCGCGGCGGUGAGGGAGGUGAUGGCUGGCCCAGGCAAAGGCGCCGAGGUCAGAGCUAAGGUGGCGACGCUGCAGAAGGCUGCCAUUGAAGGCCUGCUCGAGGGAGGCGCCGCCAUGGCCGCGCUGGACGAGGUGGCGAGCAAGUGGACAGGUGCCGAGCAUGCAUGACUAGGCGUCGGCGGAUACUUUGCCACCUCCAAUUCUGUUGUAUGAUUUGUUAAGUAAAAUUCUCAUGCAUGCACUGGUUGUUUGUAAGUUGCGUUCGAAAUAUUUACGGCAGUCGAUUUUGUUCA